AUGUCAUGGUACGGAACCCUCGGCUCGCGAGUCUGGCUCGUACGUGACGGGUUCGACACGUUUGCCCAACGAUGGGCCUGCGACUACACGACUAGUGGGCGGAGACGACUACAAGAUACUCAAGUUCAAGCGGCUAUCAGUACUGAUAAGACGCGAUGGAACGACGUAGCCGGCACUUGCUGUUUGUUACGUAUAUGUAUUGUUGCGCCUGUGUGCGCGCCCUGCGUCGAUGCAGUAAGCCCUAGGUCAGUACUCCGAUGCACUCGAGUCAGUGCAUUCGCGUCGUCGCAAUCAAAAAUCAAAAAUCACACAAAACCUAACCAGGAAAACGUUAAAAGUGCCCAAAAACACAACCCCCAAACAAAUUUUCAUCGAAAAUUGUGCAAAAACGGCGCCGCCAUGUUGAAAGAUCUA